AUGAGUAACUCCAGGAAUAACCGGGUGAUGGUGGAAGGGGUCGGGGCCCGCGUAGUGCGCGGCCCGGACUGGAAGUGGGGGAAGCAGGACGGCGGCGAGGGCCAUGUGGGCACGGUCCGGAGCUUCGAGAGCCCCGAGGAGGUGGUGGUGGUGUGGGACAACGGCACGGCCGCCAACUACCGCUGUUCCGGGGCCUACGACUUGCGCAUCCUGGACAGCGCGCCCACGGGCAUCAAGCACGAUGGAACCAUGUGUGAUACCUGCCGCCAGCAGCCGAUCAUUGGCAUUCGGUGGAAGUGUGCGGAGUGUACAAAUUAUGACUUGUGCACCGUUUGUUAUCAUGGAGAUAAACAUCAUUUAAGGCAUCGCUUUUAUAGAAUUACUACACCAGGGAGUGAGCGGGUUCUGUUAGAGUCUCGUAGAAAAUCGAAGAAGAUCACGGCCCGAGGGAUCUUUGCAGGUGCCAGAGUGGUACGAGGAGUGGACUGGCAGUGGGAAGAUCAGGAUGGAGGAAAUGGACGCAGGGGAAAGGUAACAGAGAUCCAAGACUGGAGUGCAUCAAGCCCGCAUAGCGCAGCCUACGUUCUCUGGGAUAAUGGUGCUAAGAACCUGUACAGAGUUGGCUUUGAGGGCAUGUCUGAUCUGAAGUGUGUCCAGGAUGCCAAAGGAGGUUCUUUCUACAGAGAUCAUUGUCCUGUGCUAGGUGAGCAGAAUGGCAACAGAAAUCCUGGUGGACUGCAGAUUGGUGACCUGGUCAACAUAGAUCUUGACCUUGAAAUUGUACAGUCUUUGCAGCACGGUCAUGGCGGAUGGACUGAUGGCAUGUUUGAGACCUUGACUACAACUGGAACAGUUUGUGGAAUUGAUGAAGAUCAUGACAUUGUAGUACAGUAUCCAAGCGGCAAUAGGUGGACCUUCAACCCUGCUGUUCUCACUAAAGCAAAUAUUGUCCGAAGUGGGGAUGCUGCGCAGGGUGCAGAGGGAGGCACCUCUCAGUUUCAAGUGGGUGAUCUUGUCCAAGUUUGUUAUGAUCUGGAGAGAAUUAAACUUCUACAGAGAGGACAUGGAGAGUGGGCAGAAGCUAUGCUCCCAACUUUAGGUAAAGUUGGCAGAGUACAGCAGAUUUAUUCAGACAGCGAUUUAAAGGUGGAAGUAUGUGGAACAUCUUGGACGUAUAAUCCAGCGGCGGUUUCCAAGGUGGCGUCCGCAGGAUCAGCCAUUAGCAACGCAUCUGGUGAAAGACUCUCCCAACUCUUGAAGAAAUUAUUUGAAACCCAAGAAUCUGGUGACCUCAAUGAAGAAUUAGUUAAGGCUGCUGCCAAUGGAGAUGUUGCUAAAGUGGAAGAUUUGCUAAAAAGACCAGAUGUGGAUGUGAAUGGACAGUGUGCUGGUCACACAGCUAUGCAAGCUGCUAGUCAGAAUGGACAUGUUGACAUUUUGAAGUUACUUUUGAAGCAAAAUGUGGAUGUAGAAGCAGAGGAUAAAGAUGGUGAUAGAGCGGUUCACCAUGCCGCUUUUGGAGAUGAAGGAGCUGUUAUAGAAGUGCUGCACCGAGGCAGCGCUGAUCUGAACGCCAGAAACAAGCGCAGGCAGACGCCGCUUCAUAUUGCUGUCAAUAAAGGUCACCUUCAGGUGGUGAAGACGUUACUGGACUUUGGCUGUCAUCCCAGUCUUCAGGAUUCUGAAGGCGAUACUCCUCUUCAUGAUGCAAUAAGUAAGAAACGUGAUGACAUCCUGGCAGUUCUUCUAGAAGCUGGAGCAGAUGUUACCAUUACGAACAACAAUGGGUUUAAUGCUCUACACCAUGCUGCACUGAGAGGAAACCCCAGCGCAAUGCGUGUUUUACUGUCUAAAUUACCGAGACCAUGGAUUGUGGAUGAGAAGAAAGAUGAUGGUUAUACUGCCUUGCAUCUGGCAGCCCUUAAUAAUCAUGUAGAAGUGGCUGAACUGUUGGUGCAUCAGGGUAAUGCAAACCUGGACAUCCAGAAUGUGAACCAGCAGACGGCCCUCCACCUUGCUGUGGAGCGGCAGCACACCCAGAUUGUGAGGCUUUUGGUCCGUGCAGGCGCCAAGUUAGAUAUUCAGGAUAAGGAUGGGGACACUCCUCUGCAUGAAGCCCUGAGACAUCACACUCUGUCUCAGCUGCGUCAGCUUCAAGACAUGCAGGAUGUGGGGAAGGUCGAUGCUGCCUGGGAGCCAUCCAAAAACACGUUAAUAAUGGGACUUGGUACCCAGGGGGCUGAGAAGAAGAGUGCGGCAUCUAUUGCCUGUUUCUUGGCGGCUAACGGUGCUGACCUUAGCAUCCGAAAUAAGAAGGGUCAGUCGCCACUUGAUCUAUGUCCUGAUCCAAGUCUCUGCAAAGCCUUGGCAAAGUGUCAUAAAGAAAAAGUCAGUGGUCAGGUGGGUUCUCGAAGUCCUUCUAUGAUUAGCAAUGAUUCUGAAACCUUAGAAGAGUGUAUGGUAUGCUCCGAUAUGAAGAGAGACACUCUGUUUGGCCCGUGUGGGCACAUCGCUACCUGUUCUCUGUGUUCCCCACGAGUCAAGAAAUGCCUCAUCUGUAAAGAGCAAGUUCAGUCCAGGACCAAGAUUGAAGAAUGCGUGGUAUGCUCUGACAAGAAAGCAGCUGUUCUUUUUCAGCCGUGCGGACACAUGUGUGCUUGUGAGAACUGUGCCAGUCUGAUGAAGAAGUGUGUGCAGUGUCGGGCGGUGGUUGAACGAAGAGUGCCCUUCAUCAUGUGCUGUGGAGGGAAAAGUGCAGAGGAUGCCACCGAUGAUAUCUCCAGUGGGAAUAUUCCGGUGCUGCAGAAGGACAAAGACAAUACCAACGUCAAUGCGGACGUGCAGAAGCUGCAGCAGCAGCUACAGGACAUCAAAGAACAGACAAUGUGCCCUGUGUGUUUGGAUCGUCUGAAGAACAUGAUCUUCCUUUGUGGCCAUGGGACGUGCCAGCUAUGUGGAGACCGGAUGAGUGAAUGUCCCAUCUGUCGAAAAGCUAUCGAACGGAGGAUUCUUUUGUAUUAA